AUGAACUUAUGUUUUAAUAUUUUGAGGAUUGACAUUAAUUGCAUUCAGCAUGUGGUUACAACCAUCAGCACUGUUCAUUUAAAAUAUUUUCUAUCGACCCCGCCGAGCCGACGACCGAGAAACGAACGUCUCCUCGCCCUGUUGCUCGCCAUAUCUGGCUCUUCCAGUGUCGCAGCCAUGAAGAAAGUGGUUCAGCAGCUCCGGCUGGAGGCCGGGCUCAACCGUGUGAAAGUUUCCCAGGCAGCUGCAGAUUUGAAACAGUUUUGUCUGCAGAAUGCUCAACAUGACCCCCUGUUGACUGGAGUAUCUUCGAGUACAAAUCCCUUUAGACCCCAGAAAGUCUGUUCAUUUUUGUAG